GGCAAGUUUAGUAACACCACGCGAUUUUUGCGAGAGGUUUUGAAGAGCAAAAAUUAAUUUUAAUUUUUAUAAUAGAGUAUAUUCUCCGCUAAAAUAAUAUCAAAAUGUUCAGUCAACAGCCAAUUUUAGUUUUGAGCCAAAACACAAAACGUGAAUCCGGCCGGAAGGUUCAACUCGAAAAUAUUAAUGCUGGAAAAACGAUAGCGGACGUUAUACGAACAUGUCUUGGCCCACGAGCAAUGUUGAAAAUGUUGAUGGAUCCCAUGGGUGGUAUUGUUUUAACCAAUGAUGGAAAUGCCAUCCUGAGAGAAAUCACUGUUCAACAUCCAGCUGCAAAGUCUAUGAUUGAGAUCGCUAGAACGCAAGAUGAAGAGGUUGGAGAUGGUACUACAUCAGUCAUAGUAUUAGCUGGGGAGAUGUUGGCAGUUGCUGAACAGUUUCUGGCGCAGAAUAUCCAUCCAACUGUGAUCAUCCGGGAGUAUCGCCAGGCUCUGGAGGAUGCUAUCCAACUACUUCAGGAUAAGAUCUCUAUACCUAUAGAUUUGAAUGACAGAGAAAAACUUAAAGAAGUGAUCAGAUCAUGUGUUGCUACAAAAUACAUUGGCCGCUGGUCGGACCUUGCUGUGGAUAUUGCUCUUGAUGCUGUCAACACGGUUACGGUCAAUGAAAAUGGCAGGAUUGAGGUGGAUAUUAAGAAUUAUGCCAAAAUCGAAAAGAUCCCUGGUGGAAGCAUUGAAGAGUCGCGCGUGUUAAAUGGUGUGAUGAUCAACAAGGAUGUGACACAUCCCAAGAUGCGGCGAUACAUUGAGAACCCGCGCAUCGUCUUGCUUGACUGCCCACUUGAGUAUAAGAAAGGAGAGAGUCAAACCAACAUCGAGAUACUUGGUGAACAGGACUUUACAAAACUACUGCAAUUGGAGGAGGAGCAUGUGCAACGUCAAUGCGAGGACAUCAUUGCCUUCAAACCUGAUGUUGUAUUUACAGAAAAAGGCAUAUCAGACUUGGCACAGCAUUAUCUUGUCAAAGCUGGCAUUACUGCUAUAAGAAGAUUACGCAAAACAGAUAACAAUCGAUUGGCGCGCGCUUGUGGCGCCACCAUCGUCAACCGCACCGAGGAGCUGAAGGAGAGCGACGUCGGAACCGGCGCCGGCAAGUUCGAGAUCAAGAAGAUCGGUGAUGAGUACUUCACAUUUGUUACCGAGUGCAAGAAUCCCAAGGCUUGCACGAUACUGCUGCGUGGCGCUUCUAAGGAUGUACUUAACGAGAUUGAAAGGAAUCUACAGGACGCUCUACAUGUUGCUAAAAAUUUGGUGGUGUCGCCGCGGCUGGUGGCGGGCGGCGGCGCGACCGAGAUGGCCGUGUCGCAGGCGCUGGCCGCGCGCGCGCCGCACGCCUCGCCCUACCGCGCCGUCGCACACGCGCUCGAGAUAAUUCCGCGCACGCUGGCUCAGAAUUGCGGCGCGAACACGAUCCGUACUCUGACGGCGCUGCGUGCGCGGCACGCGGGCGGCGCGAGCACGGCCGGCGUGGACGGCAUCACCGGCGAGGUGGCCGACAUGGCCGCGCCGCCCCGCGCCGUCUGGGAGCCGCUCGCCGUCAAGCUGCAGGUCUACAAAACAGCGGUUGAGACAGCGAUAUUGUUGCUCCGGAUCGACGAUAUCGUAUCGGGCUCCAAAAAGAAGGAUAAAGAAACCCCCACUCCCGCCGCUAUGGCUGCCCAAGAAUAACUGGAACACAUCCAUAGAUAUCUAAUAAUUUUAUAUGUAUUCAUGGACAAAAUAUACUACAUACAUAGCAUGAAAAAGCACCCAGUGAACCAGCAUACUGUACUCAAUUGCUUGGAAGAAAUUUUACUUUUCAAUUCGCCUAAGGCCGUGUGGUCAUAUGCCUUGCUAUUAUAAAAAUUCAAAUGUACGCGAUUCAAGUACCAGGUCGACUUUUAAUGCGAACGAAAUUAUAUGGAAUAUUAUAUUGAUUUAAUGUUAUUUUAUUUUGUGGAAGUCCAUAUCACUGGUCGACCAUAUGGAAGAAAUGUUAAAUAUGAUGUAAUGGUAACAUACAUUUGAUAUGAUUUGAAUUCAUUCUAUUGAAUCAAAUGUUAACCUGCUAAAGGAAUUUUCUACAUUAUUAUCAGACUUUAAACUUAAUAAUCUAAGUUAUAAAUCUUUAUUCUAAAAAAUGUUUUAUUGAUUUACACUCCGCUUACGUAUCUUACGGUGUAGGAUAUAGCACCACAAAUCUCUUCAUCCACUUUCAUAAGUCUCAUGUAUAGUUCUUUUUUAUGCUUACUGGCCUGCGACUUUGAUGAUAACAAGUCUGAUGGCUGAUGUCCUAUAUGCCAAAUUUCAGAACGAUAAGUUGAUAUAUAACAAUUUUAUUAUAAACAACCUUUCUUUUAAGCGCUUAUCUCAGUCAACGAUUGUUUGCACUAAUAAUUUAAAGCCUUUGAAUAAUUUGUAUGUUGAAAUAUUAUGAAUUAUGCUGAAGUUUGAUACCAAAUGUUGUACACGAGAUUACUCAUAUUUAAAAUGCAUGAUUUACAGUGUUACAAAACGAUGUAGUGUUUCAAAUGUAACUGGCUAGGAAACUAAUAAACCUUUAUCAUAUUUUGAAAACAAAACCAUUUGUAAGUAAUUUACGGAUUCAGAAUUUCGGCUUAGUCGCGUUAUAAUUCAUGCGGCCAUAGUCACGAUUUAUACUAAAUGAUAGUACAUAAAAACGAGACUUUGUUGCCAUGCAUUAGCCAUGCUGAUUAUACCAAUAGACCAUUACAGGCCGCGACACAGAAAUUUUUGUAAACAUAAAACCCUGUAAUAAUUGUAGUGUUUCAUUUUACACUUGUACCUUUUAAUCUAUUAUUUAUACAGCCACAUUGUAAUGCCUACCUUACCUGCUCAUAUCUACAUAAAUGUCUGAGUAUAAUACAAGUGUCUCUCUCCUAGAAGGACGGCAGAAUGCAGUGGCCUAUAUCUUAAAAAAAAUAUAAAUCCAGUACUGUUCAUUGGUAAGCACUAAAAUAAAUUGUUUUUUAAUGAAUUUUUACUUACAUAUUUGAAUUAUCAAAUAACAAUAUCUAACAUAUUAUGUUUACUAAUAUUACUAUAAAAUUUUCAUGCUAUGGCUUAAGAUUAUAGGUUUAUUUUAUUUAAUAAUGAAGUGUUGCUGUAAUGCAGGCAAAAUUCCCAUUUUUUUUUAGACUUAUAGAUGCUGUAUUCGAAUAAAUUAGUUUUUUAAGUCGCUAGAUUAUUUUAUAUUAGGGCAUUACAUAUUAUAGUUUAAAGAAUAUGGUAAAAGCCUGCUUAUAUCAAUAUAAAUGCGUUUUAUUCUGUAUCAUGGCUUUAAGUAUGUUUUCUAUUAUACUUAGAGGAUUAUUUAGAAGGUAUUUGUUAAUUUUUAAGUUAAUCUGUUACGGUAACAUUAAAAAAGACCGUAAUGGUUUUAAUAAAAAAGUAAUAUUUGGUUCAUAAUAUGUGAAUAUAUAUUAUCUCUAUGAAAACUACGUAACAGAUACAUCACAAACUUUAUUUUGUCCAUGAAUAUUUUAUAUUCGAGUUACGUGUACUAACAUAGUGGUAAUUAUUCAUGUCUGAGAGAGUUUUUACUUCAGCUAUUUAGUCUAAGGCGCGGUUUAUUUGAAAUAAAAAGGUAUAUUUGGUUCAUACGAUUUGUUUUAUGUUUAAAUACAGCCAAUAUACUACAAUAUAUGUUUACCCUUCUCAAGCUGACCUUUCCAAUUCUGUGAUCUUUUGGAAGAGGUUCAAUUUUUAACAAUUCAAUUUCUUUUAAGCAAAGAAUUAAAUACCAUAAUUACUAUUACAAUAAUAUGUUUUAGAUUGCAAAAUAUAUUGUUUUACCUACAUUAUAGGUAUUUUCUUUUUAUAAAAGGGACUAAUAUAUUUCUCAUAUGAAUAAUUAACGUUAUAGUACCAACUCGUAUUUAGCUUUGCUUACAUUAGUGCUAACGAUGCCUUACUUAUCUCGAGAUAUUAUUAUGUUUGACGAAUAUCGCUAUUAUUUCAUUACAAUAAGGUUUAGUUUUAUAAUAUUUGUCUCUGUUAUUUAUGGUCACAUCUGUAACGUCUCACAGCAACGUUUGUGCAUUUAAGUUCUGUAUUACAAUUUUAAAUGGAACAAUAAUAGUAUUAAAGUUUUAUAAUAUGUCUACUAAA